AUGGGCAGUCAUGCAGGGGACUUAUCACAGUUCUCGCAGGAGUAUAUCGACUACGAUGAAGGUCCGGCCGUCGUUGGCGUCUCCAUCGCCGUGGGGCUCAUCGCGCUCGCGAGUGUUGGUCUGCGAUUAUGGGCUAGGCACAUUAAGAGGGUCUCGCUUGGGAUCGAGGAUUACCUCAUCAUACCGCUUCUCAUCGGAACUGUUAUCUGUGCAAUCUUCGCUGUCCAUCUCGGGCGAGUGGGUAGACACUAUGCGGUGAACAAGAUCGUCGAUCCAGCGAGCUAUGGCCGAGGUCAAGCAGCCCUAUUCGCCGUCGAAUGCAUCUAUGGCACGCUGCUGGUAGUAUGCAAAUUCUCGAUCCUGGCCAUGUACUGGCGCAUCUUCCCGACACCGUUUGUGAAGAGAGGGUGUUGCGUACUAGGCGGGCUGACGUUGGCGUGGAUCAUUGCCGUCGCGCUGGUUGCAUUCUUGCAAUGCCAGCCUAUACAGAAGAUCUGGCUGCCCGAUACCCCGGGCCACUGCAUUGACAAUAACAAGUUCUUCAUCGGCAAUGCGGUCCCGAAUAUCUUUACCGACUGUGCGAUCAUGGCGCUGCCUGCAUACGAGAUCUCCCGUCUGCGUAUGGGGUCUACACAGAAGAUAGGCCUGGCUGGUAUUUUCUUGCUGGGCAUAUUUGUAUCGUUCAUCAGCGCGAUCCGCUUGAUUUUCCUGUUCCAGCUGAGUGCCGGUGGAAAAGACGGAGAUCUGACUGUUCUGAUCGCCGUCCCCUGGAUCUUGACAGUAGUAGAGGGCGAAUGCGCCGUCAUCUGCGCGUGCCUGCCCCUCCUCCGACCUGUCGCGCAAGCCGUUUUCGGACGGGUCCUCACCUCGGGCGCAGGCAAGUCGUCCAACAGACGGCCCAGUGGUCUGAGCGCUCUGAACUCUGCCGACCUCGUGACGAUUGGCGGUGGAGGCACCAGUGGCGUACGGCGACCCGCGUUCAAGAGUGGUAAUCAUGGUAGUCGCCCAUUCGCGGUACUAGAUGAUACGGACUCCGGUGAGGGAAUAUUAGCAGGUGGCCAAACAACGAGCACGAGUGUGCAGGGGAGCGAUGGCAAAGCACCGAGUGAGGGAAGUGACGAUAUUCCACUGGAGCGCAUAUCUGUGCGGCAUGAGGUGAAGGUGAGCUGGACUGAGGUCAAACCUUAUGGCUAA